AUGACAGGAAGAGGAAGAGAGUUGGCAGAGUUGAUGAGAAUACAGAGAGUGGAUAUUUUUUGUGUGCAGGAAACUCGCAGGAAGGGUAAUAAAACCAAAGAACUGGGGGAUGGCUACAAGCUAAUCAAUAGUGGAGCAAAUGAGCAGGGUAGGAAUGGCUUUGGUGUAUUGCUGUCGAGGGAAAUGAAGAAUGCAGCGACAGAACUCGUGAAAGCCAACGUCAGCCCAGAAGCCAUCAUGGCCUCGAGAUAUCGACCCAUCCAGCAGAGAUGCCAACCACAGGAACAGCCUCAGGUCAACUGCCUUUCGGUGUUGUGUCGAAGUCUGGGUUCCUUUCCUCCGGAUGAACUCUUUCCUUCCCAGACGAAAGGUGGUUGA